AUCUGCUUCGAGGCGAGAAGCGAAUCGAACCUGCGUGAAGAUGUCUCGCAUUUAUGAUGACAAACCACUUCAGUCAGUUCCAGUACAGAAUCAGACUUGGUCUGGAAUCUGGGAACCACAACAGUUUCAAAGUGGAUCUGGAGCUGUAUUGAAAGGAACAAUCAAAGCAAGGUCUAGGCAUGUUAUUACGGACUCUAAACACAACAAAAGUCGAUACUUUGUAUUACAUGUGAGGGUAAGCAUUGCACAUAGAAGACAAUUCAACAGCAAUGGAGAGGAGAUUGAACCCAACAUGGAUGCUACUCAAAAGGUCAAUACUGGACAUCUUAUGUCGUCAUACAAGGUAGAAGCCAAAGGACAGACUGACCGCCUUACACAAUCCCAGCUGUCUACACUGGUCAACAAACCAUCCCUAACGACUCUGACCCAAAGACACACCCCUGAUGGAUGCCUAGCAUUCUGGAUGACGGAGCUUGAACUAAAGGAUAUGGAUUUUGAAGAUGAUGAUAGCAUCUUACUCAGGACUAAAGGAGAUGGACCUUUCAUUUACUCUGUAGGGAAGUUGGAUACGAAGACAAAGGAGAUAACCAACAUGGCUGGCUCAGGUCAGUUAGGAGAAUCCUGGACAGACAAGAUUAUGAGUGUCAAGUCACAUGACCCACCCAACCCUAAACCAGGACAAGAAGAGAAUGAAGGAGCAGGGGAUGAUGAAUGGGAUGACUGAAAAAAAAGGUAUUAUACGUCUCUGGCCAGGUAGUCAAUCGCUCCUAGUAUGAAGAGGAUACAAAGAAAGCCUACAAUAAACUUCACAUCCAACUCACUCUCUUA